AGAAGUAUUUUUGUCAGAGCUCUUUGUAAUUUGAAAGAAUUUUAAUUGAUCAGUCGUAAAUUGAGUGAAAGAGGAGAAGAAGGACUUCAAGGCAGUAAGUAGAUAUAUAUAGAAGCGAUUUCGGAGAAAUCCUAAUUCCUAAUACACCAUGUUCGCCGUCGGUCUUGCAUUUGUACUGUGUACAACAUUAGCUAAAGGUCAAGCACCUGUAGUUCCAUCAGUCGCAGCAGUACCAGCAGCACCAGCAGCAUCAGUGCCAGGAGCAUCAUUACCAGCACCAGCAGCAGUUGCUCCGGCAGUAGCAGCACCAGCUGCAGUCCCAGCAGUCCCAGCAGCACCAGCAGCUGCAGUACCAGCAGCCCCGGUUGCACCAGCUGUUCCAAUCUUACCAGAAGCAGCUGCUAACGUAUCUGCUACAAAUGUAACUGGUGCCAACAUAACAAUUGGUGCAUCUGCUUUAAACAUCUCUGCUGUCAACGUAACAGCUUUGCCCGCAGCUGCAGAUAACAGCUCAAAUUCUAAUGUAACAGCUGUGCCAAGUUCACCUGCGGAUAACACAACAACUGCUAAUGUCACAGCAGUUACAAGUCUUAUUUCAGAUCAGUUCAAUUCAAGUACUAACCUUACAGCAGUUGCUGAAGCUAAUGCUGACAACAGUACAAAUACCAACGUAACAGAGGUUUUAACCAAUAACAGCACUAGUCCUAAUAUGACAGAUCCUCUAAUACCGGCACCAGAAGGUUCAGCUGAUGCUGCAGUAAACAGCUCUGCUGCCAAUAUGACGGAACCUGUUGUGGACUCUGCUUCAGCAGACAAUACAACUGCAACUCAAAGCACAAUAAGUUCUGAACCACCAGCAGCAGAAGGAGCUGCUCCUGCAUCUGCUGAAGCACUUGAAUCAGCACCAACAGGAUCAUCGGGUUCACUGAAAGCACUGGAUUUUGAAGUUUACUGGUGUCUUGCAUUAUUCAUUUUAAACUUAAUCAUAUAAAAAAAACAUAAUUCAAAAUUCUAAAUACAAGAUCAAAAUUUGU